ACUUAAUGCCGUCUUCGUUGCACUAUCUCCCCGUCACCGUCGCUCGCUCACGCGCGCGCGCUAGCUCACCCGUCCGUCCUGUCCCCCGAGCAUUUCGCAUGAAUGGGAACGCUUUUCGGAAGGAAGGACACAACCAACACACACACGCAAACAUACACAACACACACACACCGAAAAACCAUGAAUCAAUUACUUUUUUGAAUGAAACGUCGUUGAUGAAUUGGCGGUGGACGUGCACCGGGUUUGCGCGGAAUGACGAUGGCCGAGGGUAAGCCGAACUUCAGGGUCGUGGAGAGACUAAAGAUCAAAAUUGGUGAUGCGAAGAAUUUGGGCAAGGGACACUCGUCGCUCAGGGACGGACAUUGCACAAUCACACUCGACCAGGAAGAAAUUUUCCGUACGGCCACUAUUGAAAAAGCGAUUGAUCCAUUUUGGGGUGAAGAAUUUGAGUUUGAAAUACCUCGUCGUUUCCGUUACCUUGGUGUAUGUGUUUAUGAACGAGAUAGACCAUUAGGAAGAGUAACUGUCCGAAGGGACCAAUUAACAUCGUUUAAUGACAAGGAUCACUGGUUCCCUUUACGACCAUUGAAUGUUGAAUCUGAAGUACAGGGAAAAAUUCAUAUUGAAAUAGAAUUUGGCGAAAACCGAGGUAGACUAGGUGUUCGUUUAAAUGAAGCGUGUGAAUUAGCCAUUACAAAUGGAAAUUGUGAUCCAUUUGCUGAUGUUACAGUUCGAUAUACAAAUGACAAGACAGAAACCCAAAGAACCAAAGUGAAGAAAAAGACUAAUUCACCUGUAUUUGAUGAAGCUUUUGCCUUUACUUUACCGGGAUUAAGUGGAAUUCAUAAACAACACAUAGCAGGCCAAACACCCACUGCUGAUUGGGCUGAACUUAUAGUUACACUUUAUCAUGAAAUAUCCAGUAGUAAUACUGUAUUUUUGGGUCAAGUAACCAUACCGUUACAAGGAAGAACUGUUAGUGCAUGGUAUUUUCUUCAACCACGCAAUAGAAAGUCAAGUCUCAGGGAAGACCAGGGUUUUAAUUAUCCAAGUGUAGGAUCAUUGCGUUUAAAAAUUCACUACACGGCUGAUCAUGUUCUACCAUCACACAAUUAUGAACGUCUAAAACAUUUACUGAUAAAUAGUCAUGCAGUAGUGCCAACAACUGCUAGCACUGUCUACCUUUUGGGAGAAAUUAUUCCAAAUAAAAUAGAUUCUGCUCAGCCUAUUGUACGUAUUUUGCUACAUCAUGGGCAAAUUAUCCAGACAAUCAAAUCCCUUGCCUAUUGGGAAAUAUCAAAAGUUACCGAUGCAAAUACUAUAUUUCGUGGUAACUCCUUGGUGUCCAAAAUGAUGGACGAAUCAAUGCAUAUUUCUGGAAUGAGGUACUUACACGAAACUCUUAGACCCCCAUUGGAAAGGCUUUUGGCAGAAAGGAGGCCUUGUGAAAUUGAUCCUGCAAGAGUUAAAGACACAACAGUUAUUAGUCAUAAUUUGGCAAACUUAAAAAUUUAUGUGGAAGAUGUAUUCAAAGCUAUUACAACAUCAGCUCUAAAAUGUCCAACUGUAAUGUGCCAAUUAUUCCAUACACUGAAAGAAGUAGCUAUAAAAUAUUUUCCAGAAAACAAAGAAAUUAAGUAUUCGGUUGUGUCUGGAUUUAUUUUUUUAAGAUUUUUCGCUCCAGCAAUAUUAGGCCCUAGGCUUUUUGAUCUCACAAAAGAACAAAUUGAUUCUCAAACAAACAGAACUCUCACACUGGUAUCAAAAACUAUCCAAAGCUUAGGUAAUCUUGUAUGUUCACGAUCAAAUUUCAAAGAAGAAUAUAUGUCAUCGAUGUAUCAAUCCGUAUAUACUGAACAACAUGUUACUGCAGUUAGACAAUUUUUAGAAAUUAUUUCUGCCUCAGCUGGUCCAGAAGAAUGUACUCAGGAUACUCCCGUAACACUCAAAGAAGGCUAUCUAAGGAAAAUUACUUUGUGGAUGUUGACAAAACGUGCUCAAGGUCGAAAAAAAUUUGGUAGGAAAAAUUUUAAACAACGCUAUUUUAAAUUAACUACACGAGAUUUGUCAUAUGCAAAACAGAAAGGUAAAGAGUCCCUCUGUACAAUUACGUUGUCAGACAUAUUGGCUGUUGAACGACUUCAACAAGAGUCGUUCAAUAAAAAUAAUAUGUUCCAAAUAAUUCAACCAGAGAGAAUUUUAUAUAUACAAGCUAAUAAUUGUGUUGAAGAGAAAGAAUGGGUUGAUUUAUUGACUAAAAUGUGUUUCUCAAACAGUAAGCGACUUACCCUUUAUCAUCCAGCUGCUUUUAUAAAUGGCACUUGGCUUUGUUGUAAGUCUAACAAUGAAAGAACCAAGGGAUGCCAAGAAGUAUCAACUUCUGUCGAUCAUAUACAAACUAGUAGUGUUGACGUUGAUAGAGAACUCUCUAGAAUACAUGCGCUUUGUGUAACUCAUAUUGACAGAUUUGAUAGUGUAUUGAAAGCAUGUGAGUGUAAAGCUGUGUAUCCAGGAGAUAGAUUAUGUCUCCCUAUACUAAUUGAAGAUCCCAAAACUACAUUUAUAACUUUAUCUACUUUGCGAGAAAUAAUAUAUACAUUAGAACAAGAGCAUCGAACAGUUUUAAGAACUAUUGCUAGAGAAACAAAAUAUGGCAGCAAACAAGCACCAAUUGGUGAUGAUAAUUACCUACUACUAGCAGGACGAAAAGACCUCAGUGCACAUCAUCAAAAAGUUUGGUAGCAUACAUUUAAAAGAUCCCGUUCGA